AUGUCGACCACGACAACCACCACCACCUUUACCCAGGUCCUCUCCACCCCCUCUUCCGACGAGCCCCAAUACUAUGGCAAGCUACGCUACAUCCCUCAGGGCCAAACACCCACCCCUUCUCCCCACAACUUCCAUCUACCUGCCAUGGCGGAGUUCGGUGACGUCCGGCUCCAACCUCUCAUCGACAUGCGCCCGGUCCCCACCGUGGCCGAACUGCCCGGAGCGAAGGAGCCCACCGCCAAGCUCGACACCCAUGGCUUCGCCGCCGUCCGUCACCCGACAACCAUGAACGCCGCCCCCUACACCCGGGAGAGCUGGAACGACCCCAAACUGCUGAAGGAGCUCUACGUGCCCGAGACCGAAGAGAUGGUCAAACAAGUCACGGGCGCGAAGACGGUCAUCACCGAAGCCCUCUUGCUCCGCAGCGCUGUCUGGUCCGAAGCCGACGCUCUUGCGACCCAUGCCGGCCACGGGGACCAAAAUGAAGAAGCACAGCAGCCGCUGGAGAAGUCGCAGGAAGAGAAGGACCUCGAGCUCGGCUUCCCUCAGUUCAUCGGGUUCUCCAAGCAGCACGGCGGCGCCAGCCCGGCCCCGAAAGUCCACCUGGACUACGCGCCCAACGGCGCGCGGACGCACCUGCGGAAGUACCACCCGACCAUGACGGCCGUCGCAAAGCCCAUUAUCGACGCCGAGGAGAAGCUGCUGGCGCAGGGCAAGUCGCUGAGAGAGGAAUACGCCGAGUCCGGACUGGGCCCGCGCUGGGCGCUGUACUCGAUCUGGCGGCCCCUGAAGCGCGUGCGCCGCGAUCCCCUCGCCCUCGGUGACGCCCGCACGUUCCUCGAGAGCGACUACGUCCCCGUGAUCGUGAAGACGCCCAACCUCGGCAUCUCCCCGGACUCGAAGGAGACGCACGACACCGAGUCGUACCUGGCCCGCUGGUCCUCGGGUCAGAAGUGGUACUUCAUCAGCCAGCAGGAGCCUGAGGAGGCGUUGGUCAUUGGCCUCUUCGACAGCAACCGCGACAAGGAGACCGUCGCCGCCGGUGGCACGUUGCACUCCAGCGUGGAUCUGCCAGGAACCGAGAACGAAGAGCCAAGAGAGAGUUUGGAACUCCGAUGUCUGGCAAUCUGGUAA